AUGGCGUACAGACAUAUGAGACUUUCAAGAACAGAUGACGACGGCCACACACCUACCGGAGGGCUUGUAGAAAAGGAUCCAACGGACAGCACUUAUUUCAUGAUGGCGGAAGAUGCACUAAAACAAUACGAAGAUGAAACACACAAGAAAAGACAUCAUGUUGUACUGAAAGUGAAUAAAGUUACUGAGCAAGUGGUGGAGGGUAGGAUAACCAGGAUAGACUUCCUCGCGUCAUCUACACAAUGUCCUAAUGAUUCAAGUGAACAAACUCCAUUGGUCUGUCAGCUCAACAACAUAAAAAAUGUAUUGAAAUGUCAUUCAGAAACAUGGAGUCGGCCGUGGCUGAACCUAAAUGAGAUUAAAAUUGACUGUACCUUGCUUCGACAAUCAGAAAACUAA